GAGCAUGAGAAAAAAGAGAGUGUUCUAUGUUAUCGUUUAGUUUUGUGAGCGUAUAUUAUUCGGACGGGCGUGUUUCAUUUGCUCAGUUAGUAUCUUGCUAUACUACAGAGCGGAUCUUCUUGGUUCGAAUCCCAGAUUGGGCGUUUUUUUUAAACUCGGUGCGUUUUGUGAUGUUUUCAAGGCUCUCAGCUUAUCUGGUUUGGUAUUAUCUGAGACGGACGUUGAAUUCGGAAGUCCUGCCUCCAAGGACCUUACAACCUGCCUCUUAAACAACGUUUUGGUGUUCAUAUAAGGAAAUUCGCUAGGCUUUGAAAAGAUCUACCCACGAAGUCAUCACAAUUUCUUUGUCAGAAAGGCUAGGAAAAAUCUACCAACGAAGGCAUCAAACUUCUGUGACAGAAUUUCGUCGUAUGUUUCCACCUUCACCUUUCUACUCGCACACAAACACACGCAACAAACUGGGUGCUAGGUCUCUCUACACAGCAGCGCCAUGAGCCUCAAAGCCACCAUGAACGGUGGCGGAGAGAAGGACACCAAGACUGUCUCUCGUUUUGCCGCCAAAAAGAAAGGGCGCCGGGUCGCGAAAAGGGCGCGCUCUGACGCCUUUGUACUUGGCCUGACUUUUUCCUCGGAUGAAGAUGCUGGCGAAGAAGGUGGGGAAAAGCAGGGAUUCGAUCCCGAAUCCCUUAACUUUAUCUUCUGGUUGCGUAACCCCACCGUCCAGACACUGUCUCAGUUGAGAAAGGCCAUCAAAUGCAACGAUCAGGACUGGAUGAGGUCAUUCUUGGAGUUCGAUGGCCUGGGACUUCUGUUUCAGUUGUGGCGCAAGCAACACUACCGCUUCAGCCUUCUGGUGACAGAGCUGCGUCAGUCCGACUUGACCACCUACAGGACCACAGUGAUGGCACUCAUCAACGCUAUCGUGGUGGCCAGCGAGAACCUGAGGGACAGGGUUCGGAUACGCUGCGAAUUUGUUGGUGGGAGACACCCCACUGGGAUCAUCACUCCUCUCUAUAUUGUACAGCCUGUACCAGAUUGACGUCAACAGUCCUCACUGUGAGAGUACAUGGAUCCUGGUUGAGAAGCUGGCCAUGCAGGCUGUGGAGGGCACCGUCAAGGCGGACAAGCUUCUGGAGGAGGCCAAGUCUCUAACGAGACGGGUCGAUGUGGCGGUACAGACACAGGAAAGCACCCCACCUCAGGCAGGAAGCUCUCGCCUGCAGAGAAGAUCUGCCGUUCUCAGUGGGAGAAGACAAGGAUCGGAGCAGAGGUCUACCAGCCCACAGAAAAAUCAGCCUGAUGGAGCUUCUACUGGUCCACCUCCACCCGCACCUCCUCCUCCUCCUCCACCACCUCCCCCUCCUCCUCCUCCAGCCCGCCACCUGCCCCAGGCGGUGGCAUACCAAUGGGUCUUGGAGUCCCCCCACCCCCUGCUGUACCUUGCGUUGAGCCCAUCAAAACUCCAGAUCCAAACUGCAAAAUGAAACAUUUUACCUGGAACAAAGUGCCUGCCCUGCAAGUGAAAAAAACCAGUAUCUGGGGUGAUGUCAAUACCAUGGACGACUCGAUCAAGGUGGAAUAUGACAAACUAGAGGAAUUGUUUUCUCAGAAAAGAGUCAAAGAAGAACCAAAGACGGAGGAGCGAGUUGCAAAAAUUCAUGCAACUUCAUCUGAGAUCAGUUUACUUGACCCAAAGCGCAGCAUGAAUGUCAACAUCUACCUUAAACAGUUCAGAAAGAACAACGCGGCUAUUGUCGACUUGAUCAGAAAGGGUGAAGCAAGAAGCAUUGGAGUGGAAAAGCUAAAGGGGCUUAUCAAGAUCUUACCUCCAGUGGAUGAGGUUGAGCUCAUCCAAAGCUAUGACGGAGAUGCGGAAAAGCUCGGGAAUGCAGAAAAAUUUUUCUUGCAGCUGAUACGAGUUCCUUCCUAUCAGCUAAGAUUGGAACUUAUGCUCUUGAAGUCUGACUUUCACAGCCAGUUGUCGAAUGUGAGGUCAAGUUUGCUCCUUUUGACCAGCGUGUGCCGAAGUCUUCAUGACAAUAAAUCCCUGAAAAAGUUUCUUAGAUUUGUCUUGCACACUGGAAACUUUAUCAAUAAGGGAAGCAGUGCAGGAAAUGCUAUAGGUUUCCGAAUCAGCUCCCUCAACAAACUGGUCCUGACUAAGUCGAAUGACCCCAAGGUGUCACUGCUGCACGUGCUGGUGGAACAGACGGAGAAGAAGGACAAGGAAGUGCUAAACUUUGUGGAGGACCUACAGGAGGAUCUGCAUAAAGUAGCAAGGUUCUCGGUGGAGCAAGUAAAAAAUGAGUUCAAAGCUCUGAAAGCCACAGUGAAAAAACUGCAGAACCAGAUGGCCAACAACACAGAUGAAGAAAUCAAGAAACAGUUUGGAGAUUUUCUUGAGGAGGCUGACGGUGAUUUGUCGGAUGUGGAUGAGUCAUUGGAGCGUCUGUCAAAGCAGAAGAGUCGCCUGGCCCAGCAUUACUGUGAAAAUGAGAACAGCUUUAACCUUGAGGAGUUCCUGGCAGCUUUCAUGGAGUUUUGUGAUAGGGUGAAGGCUUGCCAACAGGAGCUUGAGACAAGACGACAGCAGGCUGAGAAGGCAGAGAUGAGGAAGAAAGCACAUGAGGAGCUUUUGGAGAAGAGGAAAAGUGGUAUCCACAGAGACCCAGUGGUGGUCCCAGGAGCGCGAAAACUGCCAGGCCUUGCAGGACCCGGGGAUUCAAAGAUAGUGGAUAAUCUGGUCAACGAAAUCCGUAGGGGGAAUGUACUCCGAAGGCUGUCAGUGAAGAGGAAGACUAAGCCAGUCCCUGAUGUCAUUACUGAAAGUGUCCGUUUAUGACAUCGCAAAUCAUGAGUUGUCAAUGUUAUCAUCAAGAGCGAAAACAAAAUUUAAAAAACGAAAAAAAAAAUACUGAGAAACUGUAGAUAGAUGCUAUUUCUUUCUUUUGGGAAAAAAAGCAUGUGAUUUGUAAAUGUUUUCUGUAAGUUUGUGUGUUUUGCAUUUGUGUCCUGCAGAUAUUACAGACAGAUGGGGAUAUUUGAUUAAAAUUAUGUGCAAAAAAUUGUUGCAGGUUUACUGGUAGGCCUACUCACUAUCAUAAUGAUGUGUUUCUUUUACUUAAUAUGCAUUAGUCCAACAUAAAAUUUAUAUUUUUUAAAAGUAAUAGAUGUUGUUUCAGAAUCUCAGGGUGUACCACCCAUGAAAACAAAGAGUAAUGCCAUGAAAGGCUUUGAAAAGAGGGUUGAAAAAUGACAAAACUGUACAUAUACUGGUAACAUAGUACUUUGUACUUAUUUAAGUGUUGAGUUGAGAUCAAUUAGUCAAAGUCAAAGGGCUUCCUGGGAUCAUUUCUUUCAUAACUUUGUUUUGUUUGUAUAUAUGAAUCAUUGAGUGAAUUUACUGAACUUUCAGACAGCAAUGAAAGACACUAAAAGUUGUAGAUAAGCCAUGGAAUUGUUACCAAUAGGUCAGUAGUAGUUGUAGUGGUGUCCUCUUCAAUGGUAUUUUGGAAGUAGUGUUAUAAAGUUGUCUCAAGAUGUUGAAAUAUUGUGCAAUCUAUUUCAGUUUAAAAUAAACAAUUGACAAGGUUUUAUAAACUUUGUAUUU